CCACGAUUCCCAACUCGACAACACGUCAAUAAGUGGAGAAUAACGUCAUUGUGGAUUAUAAAGAAAGCAGUUGCAAAGAAAUAAAAUGAUACGCAGCACAGAGGAGUAAAUUCUGGUGGUGGAGGAAGAAGACCCGAAGCCCACAAGUUCAAGACUUCGGGACUUUCAAUCAAAUUAAGAAACAAAAAAGGAAUAAAAAUCCAAAAUUGACCAUUUAAAUUGAGAAGAAUUUGUAUUUUCGUUUUCGAGUAACGCGAUUGGUGUAAUCCUUUUCGAGAAAAAAUUGAUUUAAUCCUUUCGAUUUAACCAGUCUCGUUGCCUCCUCCACCGGCGCCGUCGUUGUUUGAAUCAAUCACAAUCUGACUUUCCAACCGAAAAGCGAUUUUUCAAGAAAUAUUAGGGAAGGCAAUCAAUCGUCUUCCCCCAUCGUUCAAUUGUUCUUUAAUUUGUCUCUGCAAUCCAAUCCAAUCCAAUCCAAUCCAAUCCAAUGGCUUCUUUAGGAAUUCGAUGUGGAGGAAAUUGCGGUGUAUUGAAUCUUAACAACGGAUGCGAUCACAAAGCAUUCCCUCCUCCUCGUUCUCUAGUCCUUUCCACCGCAAGAUUAAGGAAAUCGAGGAGUUACAUUACCGCGAUGAAGAGUUUAGAGCCGGUGAAUCGAAGAAAAAAUGGAAACGAUGAAGUAAUUUCUCGCGAGAAGUUAGAUGAAUGGAUGAAGGAAUCAGUGGUUGACAUUGUGAAGAAUCUUCGAGAGGCACCUCUGUUUGUCCGAUUUUACAAAGAGAAUGGGAAAACGGCGAGAUUCGAAACGGAGAAGGGGGUGGAGGAAUAUAGAUGGCCGGUCUUGGAAAAACAAUGGAAAAACGGAGCAGAACCGACGCCGGAAGGGAUCAUAUUCGUACAAAAGCUUGAAGAAGAAGAAGAAGAAGAAGAAGAAGAAGAAGAGGGGGAAGAAGAAGUUGAAAUGGAAGGGGAAUCGAAGGCGUGGGGGAUUGUAGUACAAGGGAGAGGAGUUGAAAGAGGAGCACCGGUGUGUUACUUGUUGAAGACGAGUAGAGCGGCGGGGUUAGGGCUAUGGUGUACGCAUUUCUGCUUGGUUAGGGUUAAGAAUUUCAGAGAGACGACGAAAUCGCAGCUUCAGAAUUGUUGGUUGAUGCAGAAUCAAUAAAGAAGAAGAACAGUGGCGGUUCAAUUGUUAAAUAUUGGUAAGAAUACACUCGUAGUUUCAAAUUCAAUACUCAAUUUGAAGUAAUUGUGCAUAGUUCUUUUUUUGGGAGUUUGUGUUCUUUUGAUCGAAAGGGAACUUGGAAGUACUUUUGGUGAGGAUGAUGGAGGAGAGGGAUAAUUAGUUAUUUUAUUUUUAAUUUUUUUAUCGUUAAUUAUUUAGUUAUAUAUAAUAUCUAAUUAGUUAAUUCCAAACUAUACCUAUGCUUAUUCUCACUUGUUGUUUCCAGAUUUGGAUUACUUGGAGUGGUUGGACACUCUUUGGAUAUUAAAGAAAUAAAAGUGAAAAAUAAAUCUUUUUGAAAA